AUGCCGUCGACAAUGGACCAGCAGCAAGACCCCCCCGAGUUCAUCCUCGACGUCUUCAGCGACCCGCGCUCCGUCCGCGACGUCGUCAAAGGAAUCCUCCACACAAUCUUCUUCACCCGCUUCUUCCCCUCCCUCACCCCGCGCACCCGCGACGUCCUCGACCUCACCCUCCCCUACGUCGACGACGACGAGCUCGAGACCAUGAUCGACCAGCGCGCCUCGGCCCUCGAGCGCCAACUCGACGCCGAGCGCUCCUCCGCUUCCGGCGCCGCCGCCACCACAGCCAACAGUCACCACCCUUCUAGCAACGGCGCCAGGGGCCAGCUCGCCGUCCAGUUUUUCGAGAAGAGGCGGCGCAAAGCCUGGCUCUCGCGCGGAGACGAGGAGGUUUGCUGGGAAUGCUGGACCGUAAAGGUCACCGUCGCCGAGCCCCGGACGGAAAGCGAGCGCGCCAAGGUCCGCCGCGCCAUGGAACAAACCCUUCUCACCACCGCCAUGAAAAUCGUCACCUUUGCCAACUCCCACAAGGACCACAUACCGCCCAUAACCACCCAAGGCGGCAACCCCUUCCCCUUCAAGAUCAACGUCGACCAAAAGGAGACGGGCUGGGCCGCUCGAAUGCGCAUAUACGGCUAG